GCUACGCAUGAGAGACAGGCUCAAGUGCAAAAGGCACGCGAUGGGUGCAUUCACGCAUUAAAUAAUCCAGACACGCGAUUAGAGGGGACGGCAAGAAUGGUCAGACAAAAGUUGUCUGACUGGCUGACCGACUAGCUGACAGAUUACUAAGUAUCGACCGAACUACAUCCGGAGGUAUGUGUAAAAAAUUAUAAAAACAACGUCUGUCACCUGUUGCAUACAUCUUUUAUCACGUUUGACACGAAUGAUGGUGUUUUAAUUAUUGUUCCGUCUCAACACUAAGUAUUUGGAAUCGACACGGAAAAUACGAAUUACCUAAUUGAAUGGAAUUUGAACUCUUCGCAUUCGGAGAGAGGAAUAGAAGGGAUGAGUUAAUUAUAUGAGAAAUAGUAGGCAAACUAAGUCCGAGUCGAACAUUAUGCAGAGUCAGUGGAAUUAUUAAAGUGUAUACAUCAUAAUAAAAUUCUCAUAUUCAUCAGAAUCUUUGUAUGAUUGUAGGUGUGUACACAGAAAGUUUCUCACUGCAAUGAUUAUUAGUGUUCUACGUAGUGUUUUCGCAGGAAGGCAAAUUAAUAUGCAUGCACCAUCACAACUAUUGAAGUGUAAUCAAUAUUUGGGUAUUGGACGAUUGACACGUAUGUUGUCUUCCCAUCAUGUUUCAAAGAAUAUUGAAUUCAUUACACAAGAUAAUCGUGUUGUAUCAUCUAAAAAUGUUAUACAGAAUAUAAAUGUGGCAAACAAUCGUCCAUUGCUAGUUAUUCUUACUUGGUUAUUAUCUAAACGACAGCAUGUUAUGAAGUUUGUUAACUUGUAUAUGGAACAAGGUUUUGAUGUGGCAGUAGUAUCUCUUACACCUUGGCAACUUAUGUGGCCCACAAAAGGCUCCAGAUUAGUCGCAGCAGAUUUGUUAACUUUCUUAAAGCAAAAUGAAAGUUAUCAACAAAUUCUAUUACACGGGUUUUCAGUGGGUGGCUAUAUGUGGGGAGAAGCUUUGGAUUUGAUGGAAAGUAACAAGGAAAAAUACAGUGGCAUUGUAGAUAGAAUUGUUGGACAAGUAUGGGACAGUAUAGCUGAUGUCAGAGAAAUUCCAAUAGGUCUCCCUCAUGCAGUAUUUCCAAAAAAUGUAAUGCUGCAAUCCAUGUUUCGAAAAUAUAUAGAAUAUCAUAUGAAGACAUUCUAUCAACAAGCAACACAACAUUAUAUUCGAUCCAGUCAAGUAUUUCAUUCUGCCAGUAUACGUGUACCAGCGUUAUUUUUUGUAAGUAGAAGUGAUCCUAUUGGGACUGUAUCCAGCAAUUUGACUUUACGUGAUGAUUGGGAAUCUGCAGGAAUAAAGACCUAUGUGAAGAUAUUCGAAGAGUCGCCGCACGUUGCCCACUUCUACACAUAUCCAAAGGAAUACGUCGCUGAACUUUAUGCUUUUUUACAAAAACUAAACUUGAUACAAAAUGAAGAAAAAAUUAGAUCGCACCUUUAAUUAUUUUAAAGAUUCUUUUGAUAUGAAUCUUUCAAUUGUGUAUUUUUUAUAUAAAACUAUCUUUUUGGUAAUGUUACACACCAGACAUUUGUAAUAUCCAAUAUAUACCAUAUACAUAUAUAUAGUA